UCAAGCCCCUUCCCCUACAAUCCGGGAUUCCGGGCUCCAGAGCUCCAGAGUAGGUCAAAAGACGUACAGGAACCCAAACCUCGACAGCCGUCUACUAGAACAUGGCUUCAUCAAGCGAUCCCAUUACCGUACACGGCUGGACUGCCGUGCCGAGGGAUACAAGCAUCCUCCUGGGCGGCAAGGAGUACAUCCACAAGCCGGAGCCGCUGCUCAUCAAGGACAUGAAGUUCCCAUCAGAGGAUCCCCUGGUCACAAGGAUCCAGGAAUACGCCCGGGAGAAGCUCCCGCCACAGACGUACAACCACUCCAUGAGGGUGUACUAUUUCGCCACCGCCAUCCUCCACCAACAAUUCCCCUCCCACGCCACAACCCUCUCCCCCUCAACUCUAGCCCUCGCAACCCUCCUCCACGACAUCGGCACCACCCCCUCCAACCUCCGCACAACCCGCCUCUCCUUCGAAUUCCACGGCGGCCUCCUAGCCCACUCCCUUCUUCUGCAGCGCGCGACCUCCUCCUCCCCCGCCCCCGCAGUUGCCCAAGCCGAGUCCGUUGCGGAAGCCAUAUGGCGGCACCAGGACCUAGGCAUGACGGGCACCAUCACGCUGCUGGGCCAACUCCUGCAGCUGGCGACGCUGCACGACAACGUGGGCGGCAACCCGGGGUUGGUGCACGCGGCGACGCGGGCGGACGCGCACGCCGCCUUCCCUCGGCACGGGUGGGCGAGGUGCUUCGCGGGCGUGGUGCGCGACGAGGUCGGGCUCAAGCCGUGGGCGCACACCACGGCGCUGGGCGUGGACGAGUUCCCGGCCGCCGUGCUGGGGAAUGGGCUUAUGGCUGAGUUUGAUGAUGAGGUGGGAGGGGAAUAGGGGGUAGCUGCCGGGGCUUGGGG